AUUACAGUUUUAGUAAAUCUAAAGGAGAUUGUAGAGAGACGGUGGUAGAAUCGGAUUGUAACAUGUGUGGUGAAUCUAUCCGUUGCCAGGAAUGCUGAUAAAAGCCAUGGCUUUGGGAAAUCCCCUAACAGACGUUAUGAAGGGACACAAUGUUCCCAGAUGGAAUGCGUCUGACUCACUUUCCUGUUCCAGAGAAACACGUCACCCUCUCUUUUUCUUUUUACAAUACUUGUCUAUGGCAAACUGAAAGUAGGAUAAAAAUUCCUAAAAUGGGGCCUUUUUGUAGUCCAGAAACUAGAAGGAAUUUGUAGUCACUGCACUGACAUAUAUGAGGAACAGCUGACUUUCAGCAACUACAAGGUUAAUAAUCUGCCACUCCCAGUCACAUAUUACAGGAAGAAGCCGAGCAAUGGCAGCGUCAUCCUCUCAGCAGAAUCCGCGCAUUGAGGGUUAAAAUCUUCGGAGUUCUGAUUGCCCCAAAUCCACUAUUUUUCCAUAAAAGGACAUCUUAUCUUCUAAAUGCUGACUGUCCUGCGCCGCAGAUUACUGUGAUGAGCAAGCAUUGUGUUUCUAGUGCAACACUUCUACAGGUCGAGGAAGAGUUGGAAGCAGAGGAGCGAGACAUGAUAUUGUUUGCUUGUCGAGACAUCACAACUCAGACAAAUGUCCGGGAGCUGUUAAGUGAAUUAAAUGAAACAAAAUAUGUACAUGGAAUAGUUGAAGUGUUACGGCUGGUGAAAAGGUUCGAUCUUCUAAAAAAAUACCUACAGAUGACAAAAAAUGAAGCUGAACAAAUGAUAAUGAAACAAAAGAGAAUAGUUUCAGAAUACAGUUAUCUACUGGUAGACAUCAAUGGACAAUUGGAGGAAGAAGAUUUGAAAUCAUUUUUGUUUUUGUUGAAAAAUCAACUAAGGAAUAUUGGAAACAUCAAAAAGACUUUCCUGAGUCUUGUAAGUGACAUGGAAAAAAAUAACCUAAUAUCAUCAGAGAACCUGGACUUAUUAGAGCAGAGUUUCCAAACAAUUCACAGGGUAGACCUCAAAAAUAAAAUCCUCAAGUUUAAACAAAAAGGUCAUACUGAAAAUGGCAGUCAUCAUUGCAUCAAUAAAAUUGCUGUACCUCCGCCAAUACCUAGGAAACAAGUAUUUUCUACAUUUAAACAUGUAAAUUUGAGCAAUGGACAUAAAGUGUCAAUCCCAGUACAGGAAACCAGUCCAAUCAUACAGCCAGUCCAAUCAAGACAUGUUCCUACUGCUUCAAGGGCUCCCCAAUUGCAGGCAGAGGCGAAUGAUGACAGGUAUCCUGUAAGAACCAUGCCAUUGGGCUUCUGCCUGAUUAUUGACUGUGUUGGAAAUGACUCAGCAAUGCUUGAACAUAUAUUUCAGAAUCUACAUUUUGUCGUCAAUGUUAAAACAUACGCAAGAAUUGAAGAAGUAAAAACAAUGCUGCAAGAUGUUGCUAACAUGGAACAGCUCAAACAAUAUGACAUUUUCAUAUGUAUCCUAAUCAGCCGGGGGAAUGCAGACUCUCUCUUUUUCGUAGACGAAUGCUCACCAGGACUUCCUUUGGAUAAAAUUAGGAAUUUUUUCACUGGGAGGUCAUGUCCAAACUUGGUAGGAAAACCAAAACUCUUCUUUAUACAAAACUAUAUCACUGACGAUUGUGAAGUGCAGCACGAUGGAGGCUCCUUGGAAGCUGAUGGUCCCACCGCCAGUGGAGCAGGCCAAGAGAGAAGGCGAAGUAUUACCAACACACCAAAUGAAGCAGACAUAUUUUGGAGUCAUUGUAAAGCAGCUGAGCGGCAGCUCCAGAGACUUUCUGGUUCCCCUUCUUUGUACCUAAAGACACUUAAUGACUUAUUAGGUGACAAGAAAAGAAGGAAACACCAGGACAUUCAAGAGAUUCACACAGAACUUAAUAAGAUUAUAUACAGCAAGCAAAACGGAUACUCAGUACUGCUCCAGCAUACUCUCACAAAAAAACUCUUUAUUCAUGCAGCAUGAAAUAAUAGAAGUACUAAAUU